AUAUAAACAAACAUUUUAAAUAAUCAUGUCUACUCAUCCUGUUACUGAAGCCAUUGUGGAUACACCCACACCUCACGUUGAAGAGGCAACUGCUCCUGUGGUGGAAACACCUGUAGCCGAGACCACCGAGACUCGUGAGUUACCUGCCCUUCCCCCUACUCCUGUCGCUGCUACUACUGAAGAAGAGGGUGAAGCCGUGAGCUCUCCUCCUCAUCCUUCUCCUUCCAAGUCCAAUCCUACUAAGCGUCUUUCCAUCUUUCUCGGUAAGGCCAAGAGCUAUGUUGAUAAAAAGGUACAUGAAAAGAAGCCUACCUCUCCCAAGAAGGAAGACAUUGUUGAACCUAGUACCUCUGCUGUUGAGUCUGAGGUACCUGCUCAUGUUGAGCCUGUCGCUGCUGCUGUAACUGAACCCAUUGUUGUUGCCGAACCUGAAACUACAACCGCUGAAGAGCCCGUAGAGGAAGUCAAGCCCAAAUCAGAAAAGCGUAAAUCUAUCUUGGCGGGUAUUUUCCGUAGCAAGAGUCCAGUCCAUAAAGAAGCUGAAGUUACACCUGCUGCCGCUGCUACUACUACAACAGUUGCCAAGCCCGAAGCAUCGGAUAAGGAGGUUCAGGAGACACCUGCUGCUAUUGGUGGUGGUGAUGUUGCUGCUGCCGAUGUUGCUGCUGCGUCUGCUACAGGUGUAGUAGAUGAGGAAGCUAUUGUGGAACCUCAAACACAUCAUGAAAAGGAAAACGUCAUUGAUCAAAUUAAACGUAGUCCCCUUGGUAAAUUCUUCAACAAGAAGAAGGAAGUUGAGCACAAGGAAGAAACCCCCGCUGAUGUUACUACAGAAGAACCCACUGCUGCUGUUGCUGCUGUGGUAGAAGAGGAGCCUGCUGUUGCUGCAGUUGAAGCUCCUGUUCAACCCGAGGAAAAACCUGUGUCUCGACCUGGAUCUCCUUUAGGUCGUCGUAUCACACAAAUGUUCCGUGGAUUUUCUAGCAAGAAGAAGGUCCCUACUGUGGAAGAUGUAAAGAAGGAGGAGGAGAUUGCUGAAGAACCCACUGCUGCUACUACUACUACUGCUGCUGCUGAGGAGACUACUGUUGUGCCUGAAUUGGCUGUUGCUGAUACCAUUGAGAAUGCUGCUGUUGAGCAUCUUGCUCAAAAGGAAGAAGAACAUCCUUCCAAGUUACCUGCUAUCCAAUCUUCUGCUUAAAUCUCUAGUACCACUCUACCAAAAUAACUUUUUUUUUUUUUUUUUUU